GUUUCGCUCUGUGGUGUUUCGAUCCAGUACAUUCGUCCAUUCGCUAAAUCUGAAUACUAGUUGAAAAGAAUUACGGGGGAAACUCGUGUAAUUAUAACUAUUGGGGGAUAAUAAAUAGUCUUUAAAGGGAACUUGCACAAUCAAUAAGUGUUGGAGAGGGAGACAUUAUUCUUUUUGUUUUGCACUUUGGACUUCCACACGUCAGCAGAUUUAUCCACAUGGGAAAAGUUCUUAACUGAAGAAGCUACUUGUAUCCUUAUCGAGUUACUGUUGUGAACGAGUUCAGAGCGCUGAAAUGCAAGCGGCCAAGCUUCCACCUCACGACGGUCCGGUUCUUUCGGUAGUCGAUAUGCACACUGGCGGAGAGCCGCUGAGAAUAGUCGUUAGCGGUUACCCAGACAUUGCUGGCAAGACUGUCCUGGAAAAGCGACGUUACGUGCAAGAGAAGCUGGAUCACCUCCGACGCCUGCUGAUGCACGAGCCGCGGGGCCACUAUGAUAUGUACGGGGCGCUGCUGGUCCAAAGCGAGCUGCCCGAGGCGCACCUGGGUGUUCUCUUCAUGCACAACGAAGGCUACAGCACCAUGUGCGGACACGCGGUCAUCGCGCUCGGCCGCUACGCUGUAGACUAUGGGCUGGUAGGAAAGCCGCAAACUUCCGAGGCGCAGGUUAACAUUCACUGUCCGUGUGGGUUGGUGAAAGCAUUUGUCGAAAUCAACGACGGACGAACUGGAAAAGUUCGAUUUCACAGCGUGCCAGCUUUUGCAUUUGCCACGGAUAUCUCUGUUGAUGUACCGGGAUAUGGCCAAGUGAUUUUGGAUAUUGGAUAUGGUGGAGCUUUCUAUGCCUUUGUGAGUGCAGAGAGAUUUGGGCUGAAUGUCACUCAGUCAAAAACCAGAGACCUUGUGGAUGCUGCUACUGCAGUCACAAAUGCCGUUAAAGCACAGGUUGCACUACACCAUCCCAAAAGCCCAGAUCUGGCUUUCCUUUAUGGAACAAUUCUCACUGAUGGAAAAGACAAUUACUCUGAAGAGCCUACUGCCAACAUCUGUGUUUUUGCAGAUGCACAGGUUGACAGAAGUCCAACUGGUUCUGGAGUGACUGCACGUAUUGCUUUACAGCAUCAUAAAGGACUUGUUCAGCUGAACCAAACUCGAGUUUUCCAAAGUGGAGCAACAGACUCUUUGUUCACUGGAACAGCCAUAGAGAGAACGAAGUGUGGAGAAUUUGACGGCGUCAUUGUGGAAGUUGCUGGGCAUGCAUAUUAUACAGGAACUGCCUGCUUUACACUGGAAGCAGAGGACAGUUUGAAAGAUGGGUUUCUUCUGAAGUAGUGUGGAGGAGUACCCAGCUGCUUUUGAAGUUUGCCUGUUGCAUGUAUACUGAAUUUUUAAAAUAAAUUUCAGUUCAGAAAUCA